AAUUCAGUGUUUGUUAUUAUGAGCCAAAUGUUUUCGGAGAUUCGAAGUAAAAUAACUACUGACUUGUUUUAACCAUAUCCAGCUCCCUGUGCUAAACAUCCCUUGUAAAAACUGCCAGUUCUUCCUAUGUCCACUGAAGAUACAGGAGUAAAAGGGAUGCAUUCAUUCAGUGAAAACCGACUGCAUGAGAAAUGCAAAAAUAUGAAGACAGCACAAAUAAAAAUGUAAGAAGAGUGAGAGGAACAAGAAGGUACCUUGUGCUCUUAGCCAAGUAAAGUAUUUAACACGUUCAUAAGCAAGGAGCAGAGCCAGCUGUGUCAGAGCUGACGUGAAGCAGCUCUAUUUGAGUCGGUAUCAUUAGCCAAGUCCAGCUUCCCUAAAACCUACUUUAGGAGCACACUAAAAGAAGCAUGGGGCAGGCUGGACUUGUCAUUUGUCUCUUUAUUACCAUAGUUCUUUUGGAUCUGACAUGCACACAACCUGCCAAAUUAAAGACACGGAAGGACCGCAGAGCUAAAGAGAAAGAUGGUGAUCUGAAGACACAAAUUGACAAGCUGUGGCGAGAGGUAAAUUCCCUGAAGGAAAUGCAAGCAUUACAAACAGUCUGUCUGCGUGGUACCAAAAUUCAUAAAAAGUGUUACCUGUCAUUUGAAGAAACCAAGCACUUCCAUGAAGCUAAUGAGGACUGCAUUGCCAAAGGAGGAACACUGGCAAUUCCCAGAGAUGCUGAAGAGAACAAUGCUCUCCGGGACUAUGGAAAGAAGAGUCUUCGUGGUUCUGGAGAGUUUUGGUUGGGUAUUAACGACAUGGUAAAUGAGGGAAAGUUUGUUGAUGUUAAUGGUGUUGCCAUUACCUAUUUUAAUUGGGAACGUCCACCAAAUGGGGGAAAGCGUAAAAACUGUGCUCUUUUAAAUCAGGCUUCUCAAGGUAAAUGGGUUGAUGAAGUGUGUCGUAGUUUAAAGAAAUAUAUCUGUGAAUUUAUUAUACCUUGAAUGCUGCAUGCAGAGCAGCAAUAAAUUAAUAACAGACCAAUGAUCUAUUGAGAACAUAAUAAUAUUUAGCCCAUACCUACCAACAUGUAUAGCCUUACUAGUUGAUUACAAGGAAACCAUCAGUUUGUGAAUUUGGCUAAAUGUCCCUAAAAUAUAUUGAAUCUGCAAGUGUUAAGUAGAAAAAAAUACCAUAGGCUGCUGUUCAUGAUUACAGAAUAGAAUUUUAUAAUACAA